CGCUGUCUGAGCCGUUGGAGAUACGCAUAUUAAUAUUCGAAGAGGAGGAAGGGAUGACUGCUGAAGUAGUCAUUUCUGACCUAUUAGACGUCGUCGGCCAGCCGUACCCAGACUCAAGUCUCCACAACCCGUGACUCUAACAGGAAUUCGUUGGUCAUUGGGUGUCAAGCAGUCCAACAUUCUACCACUUGUCGGUUGUAAUCGGGAAGACGUUCACCGACUAGGUUACGCUCGCUGAUCAAGUAGCCCCAGGUUGUUCAAACGUUAGACUUAGUAUGGCUGGUUGACGAUGUCCAAUAAGUCGGAAAUUAGUCAGAUGUGGUUAUAUAGCCCCACCUGAAGUAGACAAACCCCGGCCACCUGUAACGCGGGACCGGCGGUAGUAGGAGUUUUUACAGGUGGGCCCGGGGAACGCACAAGCGACGAGGUCAAGUGGUUGUAUGCAAAAGAAAAGCAAUGGGGAAUGCGCGGUUGUACUUUGAGUUGUUGAGAAAUACGUGACCUAACUCCAACGUAUUCCCUAACUCUAACCCCUACCCAUAACGCAAAAGCAUUGUGCCCAUCAGGUGGGGCUACAUAACCACAUCUCUUCCUCAUCCUUGUCGGUACUUGUCCUUCUGCAUCUAUUAUGGGUCGCCAAGCGACUGCCGGCAAUGAAUGUUGAUCGAGCUACUGCGUGUAAAUAAACAAGCAUAUCCUGAUUGAUGGACGCUCUUCCCAUGAUAAUUAGACGAUUACUCUGCUGCGCUUGACCGUUCUCAAAUCGAAUGUUGACCUACAGGUGGUGGGCUAACUCAUGAAAUGCCAAUCGAAAUUCCGAAAUGCGUUUUCGUUUCAAAAAGAUUGCUUAAAUAGGGUUGUAAAACUGAUCAUCGCGCAGCGUAAUUCUAUAAUAAUUCAACUACCUCAGGGUGCCGGCUCUCGAACGAGCUUCUAUCCGGCUGCAUGAAAAAACCAUACUCUGUAAGAAAUGCAUUUUUCUCAUUGAUUUUCGAUACCCUUAAAGAUGUGAUUUUAGUUCAUUGGGGACAUGCAUAAAAAUAUUCAUUCUUUUACUAAUUCGGUAGACAAUUACGUCUUCUUCCAAUCUUCUACUCGGGAGAAUGGUAUAAUUCGGUUUUAAAGAAAUUUCUAAUUGUGAGACUUUUUAAUACCGUAAAAUGGUCCCUCAUAAAAUGCCAUGUAGCUGCAUUUACCAAUGUAGCAUGUAAAGUUAACAAUAUGGCUCAAAUCUAUUGUCAAAUCUUAUGAACCCUAUAUGGUUUCUUCUUAAUGCCGUAGAGAAAUGUAUGGUUUUCCGUACGGGGAAAAUAUACAGCUUGUAGUUUGGAAACCCUAAAUACAAGUGUAACGGCAGAAUGGGUUCAAAAUUAUUCGGGGAUUGGGAAAGUUUUUGAAAGCCGAAUUAUCACCUCCUUCGAUUAUAGAAUUGGAAGAAGACGUAGUUUUCAAUCGAAUGAGCAAAAGAAUGAGUAUCUUUAUGCAUUUUUUCCACGAAGUAUAAUUGAAUUUUUGAGAGCAGUGGAAAUCAAUGAGAAAAACGAAUGCUACUUAAGCAGUCAUUUUUUUACAGAGAAUAGUUUUUUGCAUGUAACUGGAGAGAGGUUCGAUCGAAAGCCGGCAUCCUGAGGUAACUGAAUUAUCAUAGAGUUAUGUUGCACGAUGGUUAGUUUUACAACCCUAAUUAAUUAACAUUUUCGAAACGAAAGCGUACUUCGGAAUUUCGGUUAACAUUUCAUGAGUUAGCCACCACCUGUACUUAUCGGUGCUGGAAGUGAGUGAUAAUGUCGCAGCAGUUUAAGCCAUAGAGAGAUUCUAGCCACCACGAUCAUCAGGCUCCAUCUCGGAUAGAAAGAGGGGUUGAUGCCAGUCGGGAGAAUAGUGUAUUCUGGGUAGAAUAACUGGAGAAAGCUUUAGGGAGUUAGCUGCAGGACAAGUGUACGUCUGGCGCCGGGAGGGCGUCGUAUGCGUCAUAGUGCCUUAGCGCGUCUGAUUCGGCCUUGAAGGUGAUUGGCCAGUUGGAAAGCUGUGAGCGCACGAAAACCAGCCAAUCGCUGGUGCGCACGUGCAGGCACUCACGAGAGGAUCAGCAUUGCAACAGGCGCCCGACGUAGAGCCACUAAGGGCUUUCCCCUACAUUCCAGGAGGUUAGGACCAGGAUUAUGGUUCGGGCCAGUGUUAAGACUAGGUUUAAGGUGAUAAUUAGGGAUAAGGUUGUGAGGGUUAGUGCUAGGGCAAGAGGUAGGGCUAAACGAGCCAGGGCUAAUGGUUGGACAAAGGAACCUAUCCUAGUAUGUUAUUACCGACAAAGACAAGGAAGACUGGAAUGGCCAUUUCUGGCUUAUUAGUCGUCGUCAGCCAGUCAUACCCAACCCUGAAGUGUGGAACACCCGAGGCUGGAACUCGCGACCUGUUAAUUCGAAGUCCACGUCUCCAACCACUGGGCCACGAGCCCGUUGUCCUGGCGGUUUCGAUCGGGAAUAUACAAUGGUAGUUGGCGCUCACCGAUUAAUGAGCGUCCUCUAACAUUGGAACAUACCCUCUAAAAUUUAGCACGUGGCCUCACGAAAUCCGUAUUUCCCCCGAAUAGUAGUAAUAAUUGUACUGAUGCUGGUUUUUAAGCGUUCUCGAAAUGGAUGUAAAGUAUGGGUCGAUCAAACAGAGAAACAGCUCUGACGUAUGCAUUAAAAUGUUAAUUUAGGUUGUCCAACCUGUGGGUGGUUUUGGAUACUAGCAAAAAGCUUGUGGACGAGGAUGCUCAGGCCAAGAGCUGACACGCUGGGGAUCUGAGCAUGCUGAAGCAGAACUCGUUAACCGUGAGAAUGCAGGUGCGUUUGAGUCCCUCAUUCUUCUUCGAAGAAUAGACUCUACAACUAAGACUCGGUGGCGACGUGAGUCAUUCACCGCAAACCGGAGACGCCACCGUCGAGGCACUAAACCGCAGAGACAACUGACAUCCGUCUGACAACAAAACAGGGGGGGGGAGGUGAUUGCUGUUCACUGCCGUCCAAUAUGAUUUUGGUAGGCUCUGUACACCCGAACGUUGUGGAAGGCGCCUAGAAUUCAAAUAGCCAACAGUAUUUCUGUUGCAUGAAGGAUAACUUUGCUUGGCCAUAAUGUUCUUACGUGGUUUAUUCCACAGAGGGACUGAAUUAGCAUUUGCCCAUAGAAUUUAUUAAACUGAGUCUUCGAGGGGAAGAAGUGAGACGACUUCUCAAUGAGCAUUGCGCCAAGGUCAGAGAGUUGAAGACACGACACAAAGGAUACUGGUUUGUCAUCAUGCACUGUUAUUUGCAAAUCCCUCUUCCGCAUAUCUUGGAUGAAAUCGUCUUGGUAGAAGCGUACUAAACAGAUUAAAUAUUCGUCCGAUUGAAAAACCCAUACUACACAAGAACCGAUGGUUUUCACGUGAGCUUAGCGCGGAUGGCUACGACUGUUCUUCACAAAAAGCAUACACGUCAUUGCCAGUCUGAAAUACCGCAUCCGGGUCCGGUCCCGAAGACAAAGAAUACUCGGGCUAUUCUUAGAUCAUUUGCUUAGUAACAAUUUCAUCGUCUGCUGCUGCUGCUGCUGCUGCUGCUGCUGCUGCUGCUGCUGCUGCUGCUGCUGCUGCUGCUGCUGCUGAUGAUGAUGAUGAUGAUGAUGAUGAUGAUGAUGAUGAUGAUGAUGAUGAUGAUGAUGAUGAUGAUGAUGAUGAUGAUGAUGAUGAUGAUGAUGAUGAUGAUGAUGAUGAUGAUGAUGAUGAUGAUGAUGAUGAUGAUGAUGAUAGGGCAGCAAGGUUAAAACGACAACAGUUGCCCCGACUCAGAAGGAAAGUUUCGAAUGUAUCCCCUCUUUUCAAUGCUCCUUUGCAGGACCGUCAGUCACUGACCAUUUUCCGUGUCGUGAAAGGAGACGCAGGGACGUAUCAGUGCAAUGCCAGCAAUGAAAUCGGUUGGGACACCAUGAAGUACACCGUACGAGUCCGCGGUGAGUUUGCGCCAGUUGCAUCUACCCCUCCGAAAGUUGAUAAGCACCAGUCGCAUGAAAACCGAAAUAACAGGGAAGACCGAGUGCACCAGAAGGGGGGAGGGGCUCUAUUCUGCACUGAGGCUCAAGUUGCUGCCUCCUGGCGACAGCAGCCCCUGGCAAGACUGGGACGUGUGUUUAUGGCGUUUAAUGGUGUCUGA